AUGGCGCCCUCUGCUGUCGAGACCGAGACCGUGACUCUCCCCGUGCACCCUAGCUACAAGGGAUUCACGGCCGGCGCUGCUACCGGGGAUUACAAGGAGAUUGGCACAUCCAAGUACUCGGAAGACGUCGAGAAGAAGGGUAUUGAAGGCCAUGCGCCCGCGUCGUACCCUAACUACCUGCCCACAUGGAGCCGCGAACAAAAGUACUCCACGCUCGAGCCCUUUGAGCACGUGGAACACGGCAAGGAUGCCGACACAUCGUACCCCGAGCUCCUUGGCGAGGGCGUCACCAUUUCCCACCUGACGCCCACCACCGGCUCCGAGAUUCGCGGCGUGCAAAUCUCCACCCUCUCCGCCGCCGGGCGGGACCAGCUCGCCCGCCUCGUAGCGGAGCGCAAGGUCGUUGCCUUCCGCGACCAAGACUUUGCCGAUCUGCCCAUCGACAAGGCCCUCGAGAUUGGCGGCUACUACGGCCGUCAUCACAUCCACCCCACGUCCGGCUCGCCCGAGGGGUUCCCCGAGGUCCACAUUGUGCACCGCCAGGCAGGCGAUAACUCGAUUGACCAGUUCUUCGCCAACCGCACCAGCUCGGUGGCGUGGCACUCGGACGUGUCGUACGAGGCGCAACCUCCCGGCACUACCUUCCUCUACGUGCUGGACCUUCCCAGCACCGGAGGCGACACUCUCUUUGCCAACGCGGUUGAGGCGUACAACCGCUUGAGCCCGCUCUUCCAGGAGCGCCUGCACGGCCUCAAGGCUACGCACUCGGCGAUCGAGCAGGCCAACGGUUCCCACCCCAUUAUUAGGACGCACCCAGCGACUGGCGAGAAGGCGCUUUACGUGAACCCCCAAUUUACUCGUCAAAUUGUCGGUCUCAAGAAAGAGGAGUCGGAUGCGAUCCUCAACUUCCUCUACGAGCACCUUGCGUGGGGUGCCGAUUUCCACGUCCGUGUCAAGUGGGAGAAGGGCACUGUAGUUAUUUGGGAUAACCGUGUCACCCAACACUCUGCGCUCGUGGACUGGAAGAACGGCGAGCGAAGGCAUCUUGCGCGCAUUACUCCCCAGGCUGAAAGGCCGUACGAGACGCCUUUUGAACCUAAGGCGUAA